AUGGGAAUAGAAGAAAAUCAAAAGCAAAAAUGGUUUAGAUAUUGGAAAAAUGAGAACUCUCCAAAGGUCACUUAUAAAUGGUCUAUUCCUAUUGCAUCGAAUGUUCAACCGAAUUCUUUGGACUCUUCUACUCUAGAAAAUUCAGAUGGCAUCGUAAUGGAAUAA